CGGUUGCUGGGGGAACACCGGCUGGACGCUUGUUGCUGGUCUCGCGGUGACGUAAUGGAGCUACUUCCGGAUCCGUGUGUACGGCGGGGCUCAGAUGCUUUACAGUAAUGGCUUUCUUUAGCUUGUGAUGGUGAGAUGAAGAUUUGGCUUGCCUGCCCUGCGUCUGCUGACCCGCUUGUAUUAUCCAGCACUCUUGAAAGGAUUUACUAAUGCUGGAGUCAGACGAUGAAUUUACUGAAUUAUGUACCAAGCUCUUGAAGCGGGUUAAAAAGAACAAGCCAUUGGAGGGCAAGAGUGUAUCCACAGCCUGCACCACAGGCAAGAGCAAGUUAAAAAAGCCCAGACCUUCCAGGGCCAAAACUAAGACAAAUAAUGGGGUCAGUAAGGAGGCGGAACAGAACAACAAAGCGGGAGAUGGACCAGAGAAGCCAAGAAAUGAGGAUGAAGCCGGGAGCGCUGUGCAGACACACCUGUCCAAUGGGCACACAGAGAAAGAUUUCAGUGGUAAAGAGUCUCGGGAAGAAACAGCCCGACAGCAGGACCAACCUUGUGUGAAAGAUCUUGUCUUGGAAAGGAUGCAGCAGUAUAAGAGGGCCUCCCCUGUCCGAAUGAAGCUGAAUUCUUUGGAAGCCAAUGGAGAACAAGUCGAAACAUUUAAAGUGGAUGCAGAUGUUCACACUGAUGGGGAUCUGGCAAUGGCUUUGCAACUGGACCAUAAGAAUCAUUCGGGUGACCUACAAGAUGAAGGACUCUUCUUCUGUCAGUUGUGCCAGAAAGACCUCACUGCCCUGAGCAGCGUGCUGCGGGAACAGCAUGUUAACAGGUGCCUGGAUCAGAGUGAGGGUGUACAAGGUCAUUCAGCUGCAACAGCAGUUCCCAGUUGUCCAUUAUGUGGAAAACCCUUCACCACAGAGAAGGCCCGUGCCUCUCACCUGAAGCGAUGCGCUGCCAAGCUGGAGGUGCCUGCGCAGACAUUGUUGCAAGCUGUCCAGAGACAGGCUGCUCAUACCAGCACAGAAGUACCAACAGGGAAAGUCAAUGUAAAGAGGAAAGGGGCACCAAAGCAGAAGGAGCCUUCCAAGAGAAGGAAGGUAGCAAAGACUGGAGCUGAUAUGGAAAAUUUGAUGGUUGCGAUGGCGCUGUCACGUUCUCUGCAAGAAGAAAACUUUUCAAAAAACCCUGAGUACGCUCAGCCUGCCAGACACAUCGCUCCAAUAGAAAAGAAAAGUCGCCGGAAAAAAAAGGACAAACCGCCUUCUGUCCUGAUGGUCCAGACCCCAGAAGAGGCCAUGCAGAAGCUUCAGAAGAGGUUUUCUUUGCUGCUGAGCGAGGAACCUGUGGAGAACAACCUCGUUACACUGCCCGCCAGUCACUUCUGGAACAUACAGGAAGAAGACAGAGAAACCUGGAGAAUACGUGCUGCAAAGAAUUGUGUCCUUUGGGACAUCAGCAACAUGAUGGAGACUAGAGAUGCAAUCCCCUACUAUACAGCAGAGCUAAAUCCUUCAAUAACUCCAUGGAAGCCUCCCUUGAAGGUAAACCUGGCCUUGGUGCUACAGGCGGUUACUCCUAUUGCUCCCAACUUACCCACUGGAAUGCCAGCAAACCAAACGCACAAUGACAAAGUUGCUUCUCCUGCCACCCCGUUUAAGGAUCAGAAGCCACUGUCUGUCAGCCAGAAGGAUAAACAAGCUUUGCUGGACCUAGCAGAACUAGCAGGAGAAGGUAUGACACUGACUCAGUGGAACUUUAUACCCAGCAAAGCCAGCAACCAAACAGGCCGAGAAUCACCAGUCAGCAUUGCAUGUAGUGGAUUCAUUCCUUCUGAAGAAGAAGUGACCAGAAAAGAGAGCCAUAUUCUUGAUCCUAACAAAAAUGCAGUCAAUACUCUGAUGGCAGAUUUCAUGGAGAUGGUGAAUAAUCCUCAUCUGAGUGAUGCUCAGCUGCAGACGGACUGUGGGGAGGUGCUAAGUGUGCACAUGUUUGUGUUGUAUGCCCGCUGCCCUCUGCUUGUUGAAGCGGUACACUCUGAAGGAUUCUAUGUAGAUGAAGCUAGCACGGGUCGUGUGAGACGUUUACUUGUCAAUGAUGUGUCUGCUGAAGCGGCACUCGUUUUUCUGCGAUUUCUGUACUCUGCCAAGACAGACAUCCCCAGCCACUGCCUACCGCAUGUUUGCGAAUUGGCUCGAAGAUUUGGAGUAAAAAGUCUCAUAGACACCUGUGAGCUUUUAGUGGGCAUGCCCCAUGGGUCAGAAGAUGUGGCACUUGCAGAAGAAGAAGAGGAGGGUGAUGAUGGAGAAGAGAGAGAAGAACAUUUCCGGGAGUUAUUGAAGUCCAUGUGGGUGGAUGAGGGCGAAGAUCUCUUUUCAGAGCAGGAGGUGGUGGAAGCACUUGAGGAAAAAGUUAAUGAUGGACGGGUUGAGGAGGUGGAUUUGGAGGAAAUCUAUGAAUUUGCAGCCACUCAACGCAGAAAGCCAGAGGAACAGCCCACAGAAGCUGAAAGUAGUAGUGAACUUGAAGCUGGAUAUCAAGACAAGGAGUCUGAAGACCAGUCUCUUUCAGCCAGAAGCCAGCCGGCUAGAGAAGGAACAGCCUAUGGAUAUAGUAAAUCAACAGUCUGUCGAUUGUCACUCAAAAAACAAUAUAAAAAAUAGUUCUAACCUUGUCCCUGUCCAAAAGGAUGUGGCAUGGUCUCCUCUUCAGAAUUCACCGCUUGUCUUAAAUCUAACAGCCUAGAGUCUUCUCCUGCAAUACCUCCCUUAGCUUCUCCUGCUUGGACCAAAACGCAGCCACCUCCAAUUCAUUCUGUUUCCCCUGUUCAAUCUCCCUUCAAAAGGCACCGUUCUAUAUCUAAUUCUCCAGCGCGUAAAUGUUUUAUCACACACUCGGAGCCAUUGGUACGUCCCUCAGCUGUGCUCAGUGAUACCUCUGCUGCAGUUGUACACACUAUUUCACUCAUAUCCCCAGAAAGAGAGGAAGAUCCUGAAGCAGACUUGUUCAGCCAGCACAGCCGCACACCUCUCGAUGAUAGCUUUGACCGUUUAUUUUCAGAGACAUGUGGCGAGUAUGUAGAACCUUCGGGGAUUUGUGGAUCAAGCUCCCGCGUGCGUGUUGACACUCUUGCCACGGGCCACCUGUACUUACAAGCUCACCUUCUGUCAUUCAGCGUCCUUUUCUUCCAGAGCUUGGAUCUUCACCUAAUUUUCAGCAGCAAACACGGUCUUUUAGGGCAGUCCUCUUUGUCAGCUCCUGAGAAUGGAAAUUCCCCAGCCUCCAUUUGUAAAGAUUCUAAACAUAGUGAACCUACCCAGAAUUCUAGCAAGGUUUCCUCUACAGCUGUGUCCCAGGAACAAGACAUUAUCUUGAUCCUGUCAUCUGACGAAGAGGCAGAGGACAGUGCUCAUACUGCUGAAGUUAAAGCACAUAGCAGUAAGUCUGGUAUAUUCACAAGCAUUAAAGACUCUCCCACUAGCUUCAGUAUACGAAAAAGCAGUGAAGGUCAUUCACACAUGGAUAAAAGCAGCAGUUCAGAGAUGUCUUGGUUGAUACCUGCUACUCCAAUGUCACAUUUAAUAGGGACAGGAGUUUCCCUGCUCCAAGCAUCACAUAUAAUGCAAGCAGCCAAAACAUCCAAAGCAGGCAACCAUGAUGAUUCUCGUCAUGACUUGGUGUCACCAACUCAGAAAAGCACCUCUCUCGCUGUGACUUUGAACACAACCCAGACAUCUUCAUUUGCUAGUCGACCCUCAUACCCAAGCACCCCUGGAAAAGAUCGUAGGGUCCUGCACUACAGUACUGUGUUUGAAGUUGUGGACAGUGAAGAGGAGGAACCAGUGGCUGAGCCCCAGGCUGACACCAGCACUUGCAGCUUUCAGAUGGAUUACGAUGAGCCACCUAUGCCCAUUGAAGAUGAUUUGUGCCAGCCAAAGACCCCGGGACCCUCUGCAGAAUGCCUGCACUUCAGGAAAGAGACAGUGAGGCCUGAUAAAAGCGAGGACUCUACUCACACUACAGCUUCACAGAGCAAGCAAUCAAGCUACCUCAACUCCAAGCUGUGGGAUGAGUGGGAGGAUGAAGAGCCUGAGUUGCCUGUUCUGCCAUUGUCUCAGCGAAUAACAAUCCCGGAUGUGCAUAAGUUGCUGAGGACCCCAGUUUCUAUUGUGCGCAAGAGAGAGCUGCCACCGAAGGUUGCUAUCACCCCACUACCGAAUUAUUCAGACAUGGACACCCCAGACUUAAAGAAGGAAUUAAACAGGUACGGAGUGAGAGCCCUUCCCAAGAAGAAGAUGGUGCUGAAAAUGAAAGAAAUAUUCAGUUACACACAUCAGGUCAUGAGCUCCGAUUCUGAAGAGGACAUUUCCUCAUCACAGCCUGGCAGAAACAUAAUCAGUGCAGUCCAAAGUCAGCGUCUGCCUGCGUCCAGCAAACAAAGCGCUCCAUCCACAGCUACAACCACCAGCAUUUCCCUGACACAGAUGGGGAAGAGGACAACAACUGUAUGUGCAGCACAGGAAGCAGACAGUGGAGAUGAUCAGCCACCAACAGCAUCACAGGAAUCUACAACAUCUUCUGUGGCUGCAAGUGACACCUCUUCUAUAUCCCACAGUUCCAACACCAAUGAGUUUGAAACGGCGUUUGCAGAUGAAGACGAUGAGGAGUUGGUGCCGGCUUCUCAAGCAGCCAACAAAGAGGCACUGACAGUCGAAGCAUUGAGAAAGUUUAUAGAAGAUCGUCCUGAUUUACAUAAGCGUAUCUUGCUCUACCAGCCUCUGGACCUGGCAGCCCUUCAUGCCGAGCUUAAGCAGAAUGGGAUUAAGAUAGCUGCUGGGAAGCUAUUGGACUUUCUGGAUGCGCACUGUGUGACUUUCACAACUGCCACCGCGCGGAAGGAAAAGAAGAGCCGCGGGAAGAGGAAAGCAGGAAAGCGUUACUGAAUUGUUUUAAAGGGUCAGCCCUCCAAAAACUGAUAGGUGAACUAUGGGUGGACACUGGUGUACCUGAUCACUAUUUUAUUUUAUUUCAUAUAUAUAUAUAUAAUGUGUGUGUGUGUAUAUAUAUAUAUAAUCUAUUAAGGGGUUCCAGAGGCAAGAUCCCUGACCAAAGUCUCAACUUUCCCUACAUUUAACAUGGAGACUUACGGCUGCUGUGGUCGUUUAUAUGUGCCUGUUGUAUUCUCAAUAAUGUGAAAUUAAUGAAAAAUCCAACAGGGAAACUAAUUAUGUCUGUAGAACACUGUUUCUCAGCUCGCGUCCCAACAGGUCAUGUUUUCAGGAUUUCCCUCGGUUAAAACGGCUGUGGUGACUACUAAGGCAGUGCAACUGAUCAAAUCAUCUGUGAAAAAUAACGGAGAGCCUGAAAACAUGACCUGUUGGGGCGCCUUAUGGACUGGAGAUGAGAAACACUGCUGUAGAAGGUGGGAGGAGCUGGGAGCUCAAGGGCUGAGAUUUUGCUGCAAAGUCCCAGUGAGAUAUAGGAAACCAGUUGAAUUACUACAGUUCAUCAUUUAACCAGGAAUUACAGUUUUAGGUGGACUGACAUUUUAAGACAGAGGGGUUAUUCCUUCAAUGUAAAUAUAUAUUGUAAUUGUGUAUCAAAUUAUGUAUAUGGAUUUUAAAGAAAAAAAAUGAACGUGAUGGCUGUUUUGUUUUGGAUUUAAUAUGUAAUAAAUAUGAAUGUUAUAAUGACUGGUUGCACUUCA